AACCUCAUCAGGGGGAAACUGCUUCCCUCUGCUCGCCUCUGGAUAACCACACGACCUGCAGCAGCCAAUCAGAUCCCUCCUGACUGUGUUGGCAUGGUGACAGAAGUUAGAGGGUUCACUGACCCACAGAAGAAGGAGUACUUCGUGGCAAGAUUCAGAGAUAAGAUGCAGGCCAGGAAUAUCAUCUCCCAUAUCAAGACAUCACAAAGCCUCCACAUCAUGUGCCACAUCCCAGUCUUCUGCUGGAUCACAGCUACAGUUCUGGAGGAUGUGCUGAAAACCAGAGAGGGAGGACAGCUGCCCAAGACCCUGACUGAGAUGUACAUCCACUUCCUGGUGGUUCAGGCCAAAGUGAAGAAGGUCAAGUAUGAUGGAGGAGCUGAGACAGAUCCACACUGGAGUCCAGACAGCAGGAAGAUGAUUGAGUCUCUGGGAAAACUGGCUUUUGAUCAGCUGCAGAAAGGAAACCUGAUCUUCUAUGAAUCAGACCUGACAGAGUGUGGCAUCGAUAUCAGAGCAGCCUCAGUGUACUCAGGAGUGUUCACACAGAUCUUUAAAGAGGAGAGAGGACUGUACCAGGACAAGGUGUUCUGCUUCAUCCAUCUGAGUGUUCAGGAGUUUCUGGCUGCUCUUCAUGUCUAUCUGACCUUCAUCAACUCUGGAUUCAAUUUGCUGGAAGAACAACAAACAUCCUUCCAGAAGUCUGAAACAAGAGAAUCUCUAGGGACACCUUUCUACCAGAGUGCUGUAAACAAGGCCUUACAGAGUCCAAAUGGGCACCUGGACUUGUUCCUCCGCUUCCUCCUGGGUCUUUCACUGCAGACCAAUCAGACUCUCCUACUAGGCCUGCUGACACGGACAGGAAGUAGCUCACAGACCAAUCAGGAAACAGUCCAGUACAUCAAGGCGAAGCUCAAUGAGAAUCUGUCUGUAGAGAAAAGCAUCAAUCUGCUCCACUGUCUGAAUGAACUGCAUGACCGUUCUCUAGUGGAGGAGAUUCAACAGUCCCUGAGUUCAGGACGUCUCUCCACAGAUAAACUGUCUCCUGCUCAGUGGUCAGCUCUGGUCUUCAUCUUACUGUCAUCAGAAAAAGAUCUGGAUGUGUUUGAGCUGAAGAAAUACUCUGCUUCAGAGGAGGCUCUUCUGAGGCUGCUGCCAGUGGUCAAAGCCUCCAACAAAGCUCUGCUGGAUGGCUGUAACCUCUCAAGCAGAAGUUGUAAAGCUCUGUCCUCACUGCUUAACUUCCAGUGCUCUACUCUGACAGAGCUGGAUCUGAGUAACAAUGACCUUGAUGAUUCAGGAGUGAAGCUUUUCUCUGCAGGACUGGAAAAUCCCCAUUGUAGACUGGAAAUUCUGAGUCUGUCAGGCUGUCUGAUCACCGAGGAAGGCUGUACUUCUCUGGCCUCAGCUCUGAACUCCAACCCGUUCCAUCUGAGAGAGCUGGACCUGAGCUACAAUCAUCCAGGAGUAUCAGGAAUGAAGCUCCUGUCGUGUCCUGAAGUGAAGGAACAACGCUGGAGACUGUACGCUCUCAGGUAUGGAGAGAAUGUCUGAUAGAUGAGGAAUAGCUGGAAGCAUUUCCUGUGUCCUUCACUGAGUUACUAAUUAACAUCAUGUUACAAAUUACAAAUGCAGAACCAUUUUUUGUUCAUUCCAAAUAGGAACACUAGUCUACUUAAAAGAAAAUAUAAAACAUAAGGAAAUUAAUUUAUUAAUCAUGAGAUAUGUGUAUUGAAUUAACUUUUCUAGGAGAAAUGACAAAUGUAUUUUCUUUCUUUCAAUAUUUGGGUAGAUCUCUAUAAUUGUGCAGUAACUUUUAGAAAAUUAUAUUUCUUUGAAAAAGGUACUUUAUGGAGGAAGCAGAAAGGUGUGAUGAAGAAAGGGCUGCAUAAGAAAUAUAAUACGCUUCUCAAUCCUGACAAAUUCCAACAAAUUACAGCGUUGGUUGAAGAGAGACAGAAGCCAGGAAAAUAAACCAGCUGUUCUUGACUGAACCAUCCAAGGGGGUACCCUCGGUGGUAGGGGAUUUUUAUGAGAACAAUCCCAUCAAGACUGGAGAUAAUUCAAUACUGAAAAACCAUAUGAAAGACCCAUGUAACACAUAACAAGAAUAUAACGUUCAUACACAAAUGACAGGGAUUGGGCAGGAAGUCAAAUAAUAUUACAACACAUCUUGAAAAAGUUCUAAUCCGUACUUAUCCUGUAUGGUGAUGAAAUGAAACCAACAGAUUAUAGAAAAUAUCCUAACACUUUCAAUGAAGGUUUUAUAGAAG